ACGAAAAAGGGCGCAGGCUGAGAUCUCGACCCGAGGAAAGAGACGACAAAUCGAAGCUGAGCCGGAGUCCGGCCUUGAUGAUGACCAUCUUUUGGAGGGGGACGAGGAGGCCGAGGAAUUUGGUGGAAUAGGAAGCGAGGAUGAUGAUGCAGAGAACGGACGGGAGCUUAGAAAUGACGAGGACGAGGACGAUGAGGAAGAGGAUGAGGAAGACCAGGCGGCAGGCGUGAACGAAGCUGGGGCACCCAGCAGCUCGUCAGAACAUAAGAAAGGAGGAAAGCCAGUAAAAAUCACAGGCAGCGAACUGAGAAACGCCCAAGAAGCGCGGAAUCUGUUCAUGUCGAGUAGCUUCAAGCUGCAGAUCGACGCACUCCUGCCAAACGUCCGACCAAAAUCAUCCCGCAUACCCCCUCUCGACCGCUUUCUCUUCGCCCUCCACUCCGUGCUCACAUCCCUCUCCUCACGAGAAGCGCAACAUCCUCUCGAAGCUGCUCACAAAUUACAAGACAAGAGUAUAUCAGUGCCCUACCCUGACCCCCGACCGACGAAGGAGACGAAUUGGAAGGUUGGCUUCGAAAAGCCGUACGAUGUGAAUGUGGUCGGCAGCUGGGCGAACAAGUGUAGCGUGAAAGGUCAGGAUGGGACGAAGUUCCGUGUUGACUUGGCUGUGGAGAUGCCUGCGGCCCUUUUCCAAGAAAAGGAUUACUUGAAUGGCAGAUUCUUCCACAAAAAAGCCUAUUAUCUGGCCUGUCUCGCAGACGCUGUAGUGGACAAGCAGAGCGGCCUGAAUGCCACUGUAGAGUACCGCUCGGUAUCUGGAGACCCUCGGCUGACCACACUCCUCGUGCGCUCGCCACAAGGCUCGGUAUCAGACAAGUCCGAGACAGACUUCACCCCCCUGAACGCCGAAAUACAGAUUAUCCCCACCCUGCCCAACCCCCCGCCCUUCCCUCUCCACCGCCUCUCCCCCACCCAAUGCAACCUCCGUCUCUCCUCCGAGUCGCAGACCCCGACGCCCCUCUACAACACCGCCCUCCUCCUGUCCUGCACGCCCAAGGCGCACCUGCUCGCAGUGCACAAGCUCAAGGCGGACGUGCCCGCGUUCGCGGACGCGCUCACGCUGCUGCGCGUGUGGGCGAACCAGCGCGGGUACGGCGAGGGGAGCAGGCUGUGCGUGCGGGGGUUCGAGGGGCGCGGCGCGUGGUGGACGGGCGUGCUGGAGCUAUUGGUGAGGGGCGAGGAGGGGGCGGGUGGGAAAGGGGGAGCUGCGGUGGGGAAGAGGAAGCCAGUUGGGAAAGGCUUGAGUUCGUACCAGAUGUUCAGGGCUGCGCUCGAUUUUCUGGCCAAGCACGACUUCGAAGAUGAAGCGGUUGUUGUGAAGACGAAUGGAGGGCAUCGAUAUCCAGCAGACGAAUAUAAAUCAUCUCAUGAUGCCGUAUUCGUGGAUUCCGUAUCCUUGGUCAACCUGUUGGCAGGCGUCCCUUUGUCAUCGUUGGACAUGCUCAAGCAUGAUGCUCAACUGACGCUAGACAUCCUGGGUAACUCCGCUGCCGUGAAUGAUGCAUUCAAUGAGACGUUCCUCAAGGAUCAGCGCAGCGUUCCCAGCCGGUUCGAUGCAUUCAUCAGUGUUGAUAUCGCUUCUGCCAAGCUCGAUAACAUCUCCAGCAUCACAGUAGCCGACCAAGGCUUAAGGGUGACCGCUAUCCUAAACUCUCUAGCAUCGGUACUUCGUCGGGGGUUGGGUAACCGCGCGAAAGCUGUCGCCAUCUUGCACCCUACCUCGACGCCCCGGUCCGUCUCCGAGAGCCAUCCGUCCUCUCCUCACACCGUCUGCAUAGGCAUAAUAUACAACACGGAACACGCCUUCAGGCUCGUAGAGCACGGCCCCGCGGUAGACGAUCCGGAUACUAGCUUUGCUGCGUUCUGGGGCGACAAGGCCGAGCUCCGGCGGUUCAAGGACGGCAGCAUCACGCAGAGUGUCGUCUGGGACGUGCAGAAUUCGGACGAACGCGCGCGGAUACCUGUCAGGAUCGUGGAGUACUUGCUGGAUCGGCACUUUAGUGUCUCGACGAAGGCGGUGAAGACAUGGCAGGCUCGCUUCGACUCGAUUUUGCGACUGCCGGAGUCGAUUUCGUCUAUGAUUCAGCAACAGGGCGCCACUGGCGGUUUCAAGAAUGCCUUGGCUGCCUUUGACGGGCUGCUGAGGGCCCUAAAGUCGUCGGAAGAAUUACCGCUAUCCAUCCUCAAUGUUCACCCAGUCUCGGAGUAUCUGCGCUAUACAAGCGUCUUCAGCCCUCUUCCCGUACCCCCCGAGCUCUCUUCCGUCUUGCCAAAAUGCGCUCGUUACGUACCCGUCUUCGAGGUGAUACUGGAAUUCGAAAAGUCAGGCCGGUGGCCCGACGACCUGCGCGCGAUACAGAAGAUCAAGCUCGCGUUCUUCGAGCGCAUCGCCGCGGCGCUCAUGAACCACGGCGGGUUCCGCCGAGCCGUCGUCGUGCUGGGUGACGGAGUCUGCACGUCUGAAAUCCAGGACCAGGCGAGGCUGGAGAUCGUGACCGACCAGGGCUGGGUGUUCUCCGCGCGAAUAUGGCACGACAGGGAGGCGAUUUUGCUGGAUAGGAUUAUCAAUGACAAGUCUCAUAUAUCAAAGGCAGUGAGGAAGACGGCUGAGGGUCAGUCUAAGGACAGACAGCUGGCGUUGGAGGCCCGCGAGGUUUACCUUCGGCGCUUUAUCCAUGCGCCCAAGCACCAUCGAGCCAUUGCUAAUAUGUCUCACCGGUUCUCAGCUUAUGCUGGGACUGCGAGGCUGGUGAAGCGAUGGCUGUCGUCGCAUUGGCUGCUGCAUGGGCAUAUCAGCGAAGAAGUCGUGGAGAUAAUUUGCGCGAGCGUCUUCCUCGGCGGUCGGCAAUACGGCGACGGGCCUUCGGUGCCAGGUAGCAAAGAACGGGGAUUCGCACGAGUGGUCGAGUUCUUGAAGGACUGGAAGAUCGAAGAAGGUCUUUUUGUCCCUCUGUACGCCGCCGGUGCUGGUGAACAAGCCAGCCCAGAGGAGGGUGCCAAUCAUAUCGGCGUGCUCGACAAGACUGGUGCCUGGAGUGUAAGGACGGAGGAAGACCCAGAAGGGCGAAUGUGGACCUCGCAUGGCCCUGAUAGCGUGGUGGCUCUGAGAGUCAAGGCUCUUGCCAAGGCUACGUGGAAUCUCCUGCAGAGUAUGGAGUCUCGGAGAUUAGACGUCAAAACUCUGUUCCUACAUCCGACGGAUGACUACGAUUUUCUGGUGAAGCUCGACGCCAGUGUCUUGCCGAGAUACCAUCAGAAUAUCUCAGCUGAUCCAAAGACCUGGAGCAGGGGCUCUGGGUAUGCCAAUCUGCAGCCGAGAGACGAGGAACCAUCUCGGCCUGGAAGGGAUCCAGCCCAGUUACUCUUUGAUGACCUUCAGAGAGUAUAUCAGGAUUCUUUCAAGGUGUUCUACGACUGCUACGGGGGGAACACCUUCGGUGCAGUCUGGGAUCCAUCUGUCAAGAAACGGAGACCCUUCAGGGUGAUGGGCGGUUUCUCAAGUAUUCCUGUCAAGAAGGAGGAGAAGUCCAAGGAAAAGGGCACGGUUACCCUGAACGAGUCCGCUAUUUUGAGUGAAAUCACAAGAAUAGGCGCCGGUCUGGUCAAUGAUGUAGUCGUGCAAUCUUCAUGA